AAAUCUCUUGAAAAUUUAGAUUUAGAUUGUUGGCUCCUCCUCUAUUCGUCUAGGGUUUUAUUUCCUUUCCUCCUCCCCUCCCUCCCUUUAAGCUCGAGCUUAGCUUCUCCCGGAUUACCAGAUCGGAAAACUGCAACACCGCCGUCUGCAUCUUCAGGGGAGAUAGUUAAAGAAGAGUAGUAGUUAUAUCAUGAGUGCUCACAGGACUCCUAAAACAGGAGGGAGGCAGUCUCUCCUCUUUCAAGAUUUAGCUUCCCCCGUCUCAGCGCGCCGCGGAAAAUUCUCCACCCCGGGCCAGGCGGCUGCGGUUUCCGCACUGUGGCGCGAGAAUCUCGGAGGAUCUGAUCUCCCUCCUCCGCCAAUGUACACUCUCGAUGACCGGUCUGAUUUCUCUCCUGAGUCUGGUAUCGCAGACUACUCUGCGUCGUCUCCGGAUGUCAGGUCCGAGAGACGGACGGCGACGACGACGCCUUUCCAGAGCUCUGGGAAGAAUGUUGUGACUCCGGGGAAAGGGAAGUUGGAGGCGAGUCCGUCUUUUUCUCUGCUGAGUGGGCAGCAGGUUUCUGGGAGUCCGAGUUGGUGGUCUCAGUCGAAGGGAGGUGGUGGUGGUAGUAGUGCGGAGCAGGAGGAUAAAGGGAAGGGGUCUCCUGUUGAUGGGGUGGUUCAGCCUGGUGCGUUGGUUACUCUUCCGCCUCCGAGGGAAGUUGCUAGGCCUGAGGUUCAGAGGCAGGUUAUACCCACGGGGAACGUUCAGGAGGAAGAGUGGGUCACUGUCUAUGGAUUUUCUCCAAGUGAUACAAAUUUGGUACUCAGAGAGUUUGAAAAGUGUGGUAUGAUCGUGAAACAUGUUCCUGGUCCAAGAAAUGCCAACUGGAUGCACAUCCUCUACCAGAACCGGUCUGACGCACAGAAGGCCCUAAGCAAAACCGGGAUGAUGAUCAACGGAGUGGUAAUAGUAGGAGUGAAGCCAGUAGACCCGAUACAGAGGCAAGCGUUAAACGAAAGACUAAACAACCAAGGAUUCAUGCCGUUACCUCCACCAUCGUCCACCAGAGACUCUGAGUUUAACACAGCUAGGGGAACCUCUUCUCGUCCUCACUACUUGCAAAACGGAAGCGCCUUCUCCCCUCAACCAAGUGGCGGCGCCAUGGCCGUUCCAUCAAAGUCGAUGGUCUCAAAGUUUGUUGACUUGAUGUUCGGUGUUUAAAGCCUCCUCCUUCGAAAUUGGCAUUUCACGAGUGAUAACUUCCAUCCAUCCACAGAUAUUUCAUGUUUUUGUGAGCAAUGAGUGAUUUAGGUAAAUUCAGAGCGUGAUCAAAAAUUCAAAAUGUGUCUUUGUAUUGACGAUAGCCAUAACUGGUAUAAAUCUGAUAUUUUUUUUUUAAAAAAAUCAUUGUUUAAUU